AUGUCCACCACUCUCGACACGUUUAAAAUAAGCGAUUAUAUUCAGCCGGACAUAAAGCAGCAAGUUACAUAUUUCCACGUUUUCGACGACUUAAAAAAUACUCCCAUAAGCGGUAACAUACUAUUCGUGACCACCGAUGACAAGGUGUACGGUUUGGGCGUUAAUAGCGAGGGUCAGCUGGGGUUGGGUCACAACCAGCCCGUCACGAGUCAGCGCGAGAUCCAAGAGUUAUGGGACCAUAGGGUCAGACACUUCGCAAACGGGUUUGACUUUGUGCUGGCUAUCAAUGAGGACAACCACGUGUUCAGUUGGGGCCGCAAUGCCGAGGGACAGUUAGGUCGAGCGGUCACUGAAGUGCUUUUCAUGAGACCACAAAACAUCGCGUAUUUUAAUGACAUAAAUAUAUCGCAAAUCAGUUGCGGUUACUAUCACUCGCUGGCGCUCACCACCGAUGGACAGGUAUAUGGUUGGGGCGGUAAUAGCAUGGGUCAGGUAGGGUGCGGCGAUAACCGUAAACAUGUUAUACAGCCUAUACUGUCUAAGUUGCCUGGUGAUAUAAAAAUAAAAUUCAUAUACGCAUGUCGAUUUUACUCGUUUGCCUUAAGUAUAACGGGGUUAGUGUACAGUUGGGGUAAUAAUGGUAACAAUCACUUGGGAUACAAUACGGGUGGUGAACACUACGUGGUUAGUCCGCGAUUGAUAUCGACGUUAAGCAAUGUUAAAAAUGUAACAGGGUCAGGUUUCAAGACAUUUUUCCUGACAAACUCCGGUGAACUGUAUGUGUGCGGAAAGGUAGCCCAGGAGGUGAUCGAUACGCCGCGACAGUUGGCGGUAAAUGUGCAGCAGUUGUCCAGGGACAAUCACUACAAGGACGUGGCGGCUAUUCGUAAAAAUGAUAGUAUCUAUCAAAUACUGCCGGAUAAUCAGAUUUCACGUCGCGAUGGUUACCAGGAUAUCGAGGAUUUUUACGCGAAAUUACUGCAAAUAACGUAUAAUAAUAGCAUAUAUUUACUGCCACUUAAUACAGACAAUAGUAGUCAUCGAGAAUCGGAUACGUCUAGUGACGAGUCGAUUGAAGUGAUCCAGAGAUCGUAUGUUAAGUCAAAGUCAAAUACAAUGUCCAGAAGUAGUGACCACUGGUCCAGAAGUACUGCCAACUCGUCCACAAGUAGUGUUUCCACGAUAAGCGGGAACUCAUUACCAGAGAGUAAUAGUUACGCGAUUUUAUUCAGAAACCCGGUUUUAGUGGGUUCGGGAGGUUUUGGGAAAGUAUAUAAAGUUAGGCAUAAAAUCGAUAAACACAGGUAUGCCGUAAAGAUUGUUGAAUUAAACGAUUUCACUGAAAGUCAAAAACAAAAGGCGUUUAGAGAAAUGAAAGUUUUAGUAAAAGUCCGGUCAGAAUAUGUGGUCCAGUAUUACAACUCAUGGCUUGAAGGGAGUGUACUAUACAUUCAAAUGGAGUUUUGUUCACAGAAUCUGCAGAAUAUUCUCGAAGUUAAACCUCAAGAAUUUAAUCGACAAUUAGGAGAAGCCAUGGAUUGUGUCGAGUAUUUGAUAUCGUGUGAAAUACUGAUACAGAUCUUAGAAAGUGUUAAAUAUUUACACGAAUUGAAUCCACAGAUCAUUCACAGAGACCUCAAACCAGAAAACAUAUUAAUUACCGAAAAUGUAAGGAACGGUAGAUUUGUUAAGUUAUGUGACUUUGGUUUGGCUACAGUUCACGAUAGACGUGUUCACUACCGGACGACACGACAGCAUACGGCAGAUGUCGGCGACUUGAGAUACAUCGCACCGGAAGUAACUCAGGGCCAGAAAUAUAACCAUAAGUGCGAUGUCUAUGCUCUGGCGCUAAUUGGGGGCAAAAUAUUUGAUUUUGACAUAUUUAACCUCGGUUUACCAAACUCACCACCUUAUAGUGAAACCUUAUCAGUCCUAAACGCACCGGUACUCAAACUGAAGGGCACAUUGAACUCAAUGGUGAACCUGCAGUGGAAUCAAAGGCCGGAAUGCAGUGAAGUAUUGUCCGAAUAUAACGAGUGGUCUAUCGAUAGGAAUAUUCUCACAAAUGAUCCCCGAUUUCGGCGAACAUUACAAUAUGACCAAGAUGAGUUGAUCGUAGUGACUAUAACCGGCACAAUGACCACGUGCAACACGUGCGACACAUUACUACAAUUAUACUCAUAUAAAAUCGCUCUUAAUAUCUCCGCGCGACUCAUCCGUUGCGUUAAAAUAUACCACAUUUUCGACGAUUCAAUGAAUGAGAAAAACAUAUUGUUUGCGACGAACGACGACUUAGUGUACGGUUUGGGCGGUAAUGGCGGUGGAUGUCUGGGCGCGGGUCACGACCGCCCGCUCGACACGCGGGCACUCAUACCAGAGUUGUGUCGAAAAAGUGUUAAAAAGUUUGUCAACGGAUGGGACUUCGCGAUAGCGCUCACGGAUGGCCACCGUAUGUACAGUUGGGGCGCCCAUAGCGAGGGACAGUUGGGUCGCGCGGCGGUGAGGGUUACCGGUGUUUGCCAUAAGCCAGAGGUGAUCGCGUUUUUCGAUGACCUGGAUGUACGUCAAGUGAGCGCCGGUUCCCAGCACUCGCUGGCCCUCACACACGAUGGACAGGUAUACGGCUGGGGCCGUAACCGUGAGGGACAGGUAGGUUACGGUGAUACCGGUGCUCAACCUGUUGACACACCACUUCUCAUACGGUUCCCGAAUAACGCGAAAAUCAAAUCCAUUUAUUGCUAUAAUUGGCGCUCAUUCGGGAUCAACCCCGCGGGACAGGUGUUCAGUUGGGGCGACAAUAGGGGCCACCAGUUGGGACACGAGGUGUCCGGCGAUCGCGUAGUGACCCCGCAAUUGAUUGCGACCCUCGCGGCGGCGGACAUCCAGUCCAUAGCCUCCUCAGCGCUCGCGACAUACUAUCUCUCAAACACCGGUCGACUGUAUUUCAGCGGAAAGUGUGACGAAAACUAUGAGAUAAUACCCAAACAGAUAGCGACAGGCGUUCAGCGGUUGUCCGCCGGUAAUAACCCGUCAAAUGUGGUCACAAUCCGUAUGAAUGAUACCAUCCAUGAGGUGUUGGCAAAUGCGACGUUGAGAGACACCAACUUUACCACGUUUAGAGAAUAUUACGCAAAAACGUGCCAGGUAACCUAUCACCAAGCUCACUGUGCCACAACUAUAGGCAAUAGUCAUGACUAUUUGGAUCUCAACGAGCGUACAACAGUCACGUUAGUCUACCCGUCCGAGAAUGAUAUCUACAAAACCACUGGACACAAGUUGGGCAGCCAAGUGUGCUGUGAUUUUUGGACUCAUGACAACCAUCACUACAUUCAGAUGGAGUACUGCCCGCAAAAUCUGCAGAAUAUUCUUGAACUGAAAUUACAAGUGUUUGGCCGACAGUUAGGCGAACCUAUGGAUUGUGUCGAGUAUUUCAUUUCGUGCGAAAUAUUCCGUCAGAUCUUAGAA